AUGAUGCUCGCUGAUCCUACCAAUCCAGAACCAUCUCUGGUAGUCCAUGUUCGAAACUUGAACCCAAGAGCAACAGAAGCAGAUCUUAUAGAAGCUCUUGAAACAUUUGGUUUGAUUGCUUAUGUGGCAAUCAUACCAGCUCAGAAGAUGGCCCUGGUUGAAUUCGAAGACAUCGAAGCUGCCAGAGCCUGCGUCACAUUCGCGUCUUCGAACUUCAUUUUUGUUGCUGGCUAUGCAGCAUUAUUCAACUACUCCACUUCGCAAAAUAUUCAGCGACAUGGCUUCGAAUCGGAAAGCCCCUGCAAGGUGUUGGUUAUAACCGUAUACAAUGCUCAAUAUCCAAUCGAUGUCCACGUCAUUCAUCAAAUUUGUGAGCCUCAUGGGAAAGUCCUAAGAAUUGCUAUAGUGCGAAAGUCCCUGAUGCAAGCAUUGGUAGAGUUUGAAAAUGCUGAGAUCGCCAGAAAAGUGAAGCAUGCCAUCAGUGGUGCCGAUAUCUAUUCAGGAUGUUGUACGCUCAAAGUCGAGUUUGCGAAGCCAGACCAUAUCAAGGUGACACGUCAAGACAACGACCAAUUUGAUUUUACUUUGCCCUACGAUAGCAGCAGUCACAAUUAUGAACACCGGCAGCGCAAAACUCUCCUUCCAGGCGGAGGACCAUCUCCAUGUCCAGGAAAUGGACUAGACUACGGCAGUCGUAAUGGUUACAACAAGCCAUAUGCAUCUGGAGGAUCAGUUGGAUGUGUGCUCAUGGUCUAUGGAAUUGAACGAGAGAAAAUUAAUUGUCAAAUGCUGUUCAACUUAUUUUGCCAGUACGGCAAUGUUUUGAGGAUCAAAUUUAUGGCUGCUAAGAAGGACACGGCUAUGGCUGAGCUAGGGACAUCAAUGGCUGUGACAGACGUUCUGCACUUCCUACAAGGAGCUUCGCUGUUUGGGCUCAGUUUACAGUUGGAAUUGAGCAGACAAACCUGUAUCAGGGACGAUCCCAACCCCUUUGAUAUGCCGGAUGGCUCUCCAUCAUUCCGCGAUUUUUCAAUGUCUGCACUCCAACGUUUCUCGACUCCCGCUGCUGCAGCACGAAACCGUCUCAUUUUUCCAACAAACAUCCUUCACUGGUAUAACGCUCCUGUGAAUAUGGACGAAGCUAAGAUCAGACAACUGUUUGCGGAAAAAAAUGCACCAGAACCCAAGUCAGUCACUGUUUUCACGGGUCGUAGUGAGAGAUCUUCAUCUGGAAUCGUAGAAAUGAAAACCAUUGAGCAAUCGAAUGAAGCGCUUGCUCUUUUGAAUCAUACUCCUGUUAUGAGCCCACUUAACAAGAUGCCCUACAUUAUCAAGCUGGCCUACGCUACACUACACAAGCGCAGUGGGGUGAGCAUAAAGGAGGAAAUAUAACGCCGAUCUGCAAAGAGC